CAUAUAACCAAGCAAGAGCUUUUUAAAAAAUCCUUAAUUAAGUCGUUUUUUUUUUGGGCAAAAUGGCAUCAAAGCAACAAAGCCGCGAAGAGCUUGAUGAGAUGGCCAGGCAAGGAGAGACGGUCGUGCCAGGUGGCACUGGCGGCAAAAGCGUUGAAGCUCAAGAGCAUCUCGCUGAAGGAAGGAGCAAGGGAGGGCAGACGAGGAAAGAGCAGCUUGGGCAUGAAGGGUACCAGGAGAUGGGUCACAAGGGAGGAGAGACGAGGAAAGAGCAACUUGGGCAUGAAGGGUACCAGGAGAUGGGUCACAAGGGAGGAGAGGCGAGGAAGGAGCAGCUUGGGCACGAGGGUUAUCAGGAAAUGGGUCACAAGGGAGGAGAGGCGAGAAAGGAGCAGCUAGGGACCGAGGGUUACAAGGAAAUGGGACACAAGGGAGGCGAGGCGAGGAAGGAGCAGCUAGGGACCGAGGGUUACAAGGAAAUGGGACACAAGGGAGGAGAGGCGAGGAAAGAGCAACUAGGGACCGAGGGUUAUAAGGAGAUGGGUCACAAGGGAGGAGAGGCGAGGAAGGAGCAGCUAGGAACCGAGGGUUAUAAGGAGAUGGGACGUUUAGGAGGACUCACUACGAAGGACAAAUCUGGUGGAGAGCGUGCGGAGGAGAAAGGGAUUGAGAUCGAUGAGUCUAAGUUCACCAACAAGUGAUAGUAGCUAGUAAAGUCCGCUGCAACAUCCUGUACGAUAAUCUGAAUAAGUAACCUCUAGGUUUUGUGAGUUGCAGCGUGUGUCUUACUAAUUAGGUUUAAUGUCUAGUUUAAUUUUCAUGUGUGUGAUAUAACUACGCUAAGCUUGUACUAACGGUAGGGUUGUACCGCUCUGGAAGUUUUUUGAGUUUUUGGUGAGGGUGCAAUCAAAAUGGUAUAUCCGGUUAUG